GUCUAACCCGCUUUGGGUUUGCUUUUUUCAGAUCGGAGAAGUUGAUUGACUGGCAACAAAAUCUGGUUGACAGAUAAUGGUGAGCUUUUCAAUUAACGAUGAAGUGUCUCCAUCGCCCUGCGCGAGCGAUGCAUUGCAAGAAAUAACAUCCAGGGCGGCCUUGUUGGUCUAUAAAUCCCCAUCCCUCAUCAAGUCCUCCUUCAUUUUCACCAUGCUUCAAUUUCCAGUCUCAGUCAGGCAAGGAAGCCUUUCCAAUUACUCUUUGCUUUGGUCUUGUUCUCCAGUCCUCUCAUCAUGUUUUAUCCGCCCGACCUCAAUUGGUAUACACCAGAUAUUUGGGCUAAUGGGCAUAACCGCUCGGCCGGAGCAUCCCAGAAUGUCACCGAUCUCCUUAACAACCCAUCGGACCUGGCCUUCAGUUCGAUCAAUCCUCUGUCGUUAGAUUUCGGUGCAACGUUAUCCCCAGAACUGCUUAAUUCUGGUUAUACGGAAGCCGCUGCAGAUCCCGGAUCCUACCUGGGAAGUCUGGAUUGGUUAGCUGAUGAGACGCCGUUUGGUCAAACUUCAAGUGGACACGACUGGAUAACCGGCCAUCGACCAAGGAAACUUGACCACCAUCCUUCGAUCAACUUUCCUUCAAUGGGCUCCAAUAUUGGCCCAUCUUCUCAGGUCUCUCAUACGCCAAUGGCUGGACCAAGCGGCGGGUCUCGGGGACGGACCACUAGUCCUAAGGAACGCAGACGUGAUGCAACCAACAAUGGUCCCGUGAGAUGCGAAUGGAAGGGCUGCACGUAUUCUGGUGUUUUUUCUCGAAGAAUUGAAUUGAAGCGACACGUCGAGACAAAGCAUAUUUUCCCAAGGUCAUACGAGUGUCCGGAGCUGCGCUGCAAGAAAUUGUUCAAUCGGGGAGAUAAUCUACGGGAGCAUUUGCAUCGGACGCAUUGCCGCAGUGUUUGAGUUAUGCAACGUUUGUCUUGUACUUUUCUCUCCAGGCGGUUACGGAGUAUUUUGAGAGCGCUUUUUUGAGAGCAACACUUAUGCGUCUUUAUUCUCUACAUGGGUUUUGGUGUUUUUCAUCCUCAAGUUCAGCUACCGUCACGUGUCAACGAAGCGCUUGGAUAUUUAGUCACAGUAAUUUACACGUUGUUCUAUCUUCCCUGCA